AUGACGUUGAUUGUCGUCGCAAAAGAGAAGCAGGCAGAGCAUUCAGCUCUCGCGCAGUUCCAGUUGCCCAUCUUCCUGUGGUCCUCUCAAGAGAAGGUUCAAGAUACCAGGCACACCGACUCCAAAGUAUGCGCUGUUAGCAACUGUCUGGGCGUUGGAGCACUUCUCAACUUCUCCCUACAAAAAGAGUUGGUUGCCAUGAUCCCACGUCGGGGUUUGUUUUUUGCCAACCAACUCUGCGGUCCUGCUUUGCCGUCGCAGAAUUUGGAUCUGGGCCAGGUUCCUGAAGCUGGCUGGAGAAUGGAUAGGUAA